AUGCAGAACAGUCACAGCGGAGUGAAUCAGCUCGGUGGUGUCUUUGUCAACGGGCGGCCACUGCCGGACUCCACCCGGCAGAAGAUCGUAGAGCUAGCUCACAGCGGGGCCCGGCCGUGCGACAUUUCCCGAAUUCUGCAGGUGACUCCGGCGCCGCCCCAUUCGCCGCCCCCGCGGCCCUCCACUCUCAAGGCCCUCUCUUCAUUUCUUACUACCCAUGCAGAUGCAAAAGUCCAAGUGCUGGACAAUCAAAACGUGUCCAACGGAUGUGUGAGUAAAAUUCUGGGCAGGUAUUACGAGACUGGCUCCAUCAGACCCAGGGCAAUCGGUGGUAGUAAACCGAGAGUAGCGACUCCAGAAGUUGUAAGCAAAAUAGCCCAGUAUAAGCGGGAGUGCCCGUCCAUCUUUGCUUGGGAAAUCCGAGACAGAUUACUGUCCGAGGGGGUCUGUACCAACGAUAACAUACCAAGUGUGUCAUCAAUAAACAGAGUUCUUCGCAACCUGGCUAGCGAAAAGCAACAGAUGGGCGCAGACGGCAUGUAUGAUAAACUAAGGAUGUUGAAUGGGCAGACCGGAAGCUGGGGCACCCGCCCGGGUUGGUAUCCGGGAACAUCAGUGCCAGGGCAACCUACACAAGAUGGCUGCCAGCAGCAGGAAGGAGGGGGAGAGAAUACCAACUCCAUCAGUUCCAAUGGAGAAGAUUCAGAUGAGGCCCAAAUGCGACUUCAGCUGAAGCGGAAGCUGCAAAGAAAUAGAACAUCCUUUACCCAAGAGCAAAUUGAGGCCCUGGAGAAAGAGUUUGAGAGAACCCAUUAUCCAGAUGUGUUUGCCCGAGAAAGACUAGCGGCCAAAAUAGAUCUACCUGAAGCGAGGAUACAGGUAUGGUUUUCUAAUCGAAGGGCCAAAUGGAGAAGAGAAGAAAAGCUGAGGAAUCAGAGAAGACAAGCCAGCAACACACCUAGUCAUAUUCCUAUCAGCAGUAGUUUCAGCACCAGUGUCUACCAACCCAUCCCACAACCCACCACGCCUGUUUCCUCCUUCACCUCUGGCUCCAUGUUGGGCCGAACAGACACAGCCCUCACAAACACGUACAGUGCUCUGCCGCCCAUGCCCAGCUUCACCAUGGCGAAUAAUCUGCCUAUGCAACCCCCAGUCCCUAGCCAGACCUCCUCGUACUCCUGCAUGCUGCCCACCAGCCCUUCGGUGAACGGGCGGAGUUAUGAUACCUACACCCCCCCACAUAUGCAGACACACAUGAACAGCCAGCCAAUGGGUACCUCGGGCGCCACUUCCACAGGACUCAUUUCCCCUGGUGUGUCAGUUCCAGUUCAAGUUCCUGGAAGUGAACCUGAUAUGUCUCAAUAUUGGCCAAGAUUACAGUAA